UCUAAACAUCAUCCCGGUACGAAAGGACUCCAGGCAAGACGGAAUACAGUACCUUUCUGCUAACGAAUGACGUCCUUCGUCUCAAUCUUCUUCCAUGUUGCAGAUCUCAUCAUGUGCCGGCGACAGCCUGGAAUCGCGAUUGGCCGAAUGUGUGACAAGUGUGACGGAAAAUGUCCCAUCUGCGAUUCUUACGUGCGACCCAUGACGCUGGUGCGGAUAUGUGACGAUUGCAGUUUCGGAUCCUAUGCCGGUCGAUGCAUCGUCUGCGGUUCCCACGGAAUCUCGAACGCCUACUACUGCACGGAGUGUGUUACCUUGGAGCGCGAUAGGGAUGGAUGCCCUAAGAUCGUCAACCUCGGUGCUAGCCGUACGGAUGCACAUUACGAGCGACAGAAGCUUGGAUUCAAAAAGGGUUAGACUGGGAUGCCCUGUUGUUGUGAUCCUCUUAACGACUCUCUUUCUCUACCGACGACGGGGGUCCUUGUAAUACGUGAUACGAUUUCUGCUUAUGACCUCUUCAAAUUCGAAUGGCAACAAAAUUCCUAUCCA